AUGUCUGAUGAGAAGGACUUUUCCGAGGUAGAUAAUGAUAAUUUAGAUGAUCUCGAGAAGGACUUCACCAAAAUUAUGGAUCAGAUAGCUUUAGAUGAAAAUUUAAACAAGUUUGGCCAACAAUAUAAACAAUUACACGAAGCUUUCUUAACAUCGCAUAAGAAUAACUCAGAAUUGAUUGACAGAUGCAGACGCUUAAACAAUGAAAUUGUUCAAAAUUCAACGCGAGUGAAUUCAGUGUUGAAAUUGAGUCAAGAUGAUCAAAGAACUAUCGCUGGAUUGAAAUUCGAGUUUGACAAAGCCUGGAAAAUGGUAGAAAUGUCUCAAGAAAGAGAGCAAAAAUCAAGAGAUGUCAUUGAAUCUUUGAAAGAUGAAGUUACAAAACUCGGAAAAUUGGCAGAAGAAGGUGGUGCACAAUCAUUUAUGGAAGAAAACUCGUUAGAAUCUAUACAAAAGGAUAUUAAUGCACUUAAAAGUGAAAUUUCUUUACAAACAACUCAAUUAAAUUCAUUACAAACAGAUAAUGAUAGCUGGAAGAAGAAAACGGACGAAAUGAAAAAAUAUACUUCAACACUAUCAGAUGAAGUUGAUAAAAUUAAUACAGAACUUACAGAUUUGCGAGAACAGACUAAAUCAGUCGAAGUCGAAGUAAAAGGUCUUAUGGACGAUGUUCAAAAUACGCGCGAUGCUAUGCUCAAUUCUCAAAAAGAAAUUCAAGGUUUUUCAUCAAAAUUCUCAGAUAAGCAAAAACUCAUCGAAUACAUCAAAGUUCAAAAGGAAAAUGCCAGGAGAGAACUAAGAGACUUGACAGAGCUCAAAAAUGAUUCAAUUGCCCGUCUUUCCGUUGCGAAGAAAACUUUAGAGUUGAAAAGCAGUUUUUCAUCGAAAGUUCAACGAGAUAUCAACGAUCUCAAGAGCAACAUCGAUGAGAAAGACCAAGACAAGUCGAGCUACGACCCUUCAGUCAAAGAUGUCGACCAAUCAAAUGAAGUUUCGUCUAAAGAGCUCCAGGAUCUCCAGCAGUACAGAGAACAAGUUCGUGCUGAAAUCAACAAGAUGCGAGACAGGAUCAGUGCCUGCAGAAGUGAAAUUUUCCGACUCCAACACGAUUUGCUUCGUUCAGAAGGCGAAAAGAACUACACAAAGCGAUCGAUCUCCCUCGGCCAACACCUAGGAAGCGUCGCCAAGGCUGAGGUCAUCCAGGAGAAAAAGAAUCGCGAGGCAGAGGAAGGAGCAACGGCAACUGUGUUCAUAGACAUCACGAAUACAAUGAUACAGAAGACAAACAGCGAGGAAAAGGUCGAAGACAUACUCCACGAGAUAGAAAGACACUCUGCAAGCGCAUCUCAAUACAGAUCGGAAACAAUGACCGUGGAAUACCAGCUAAAGGACUUCGAAGAAACAAGAAAAUCCUUAGAACUGCAACUGAACGGAAUUCAGUCAAAAAUUCAAAGAUACGAAACUUUACAAAAUUCAUUAGUUGAACAAAGGGACUUAAACCGCCGCCAACUUGAAGUUCUUAAGAUAGAAGGCAAAAAGAUCGAAGAAGAAAACGUCCUUCUUCAGAAUGACAUCCAGAAUUCUAAAGAAUUAAUCCGACAGAAGGAUCUCCAGUGCAUCGAAGUCCACAAGCAGUGCGAGGAGAUCAAGGAGAGUCUCCCUGCGAUGGAGAGAGAGAACCAGCAGUCACAAGCCGCUCUGAAGGAAAUGACACUCCAGAUUUCGACGAAAUACAACGAACUCGUCAGGUCGCGCUACUACAGGGAUGUUGCCAUCAGCGGCAUGAAGGAGAUCCUCAUCGCUGUCAACUCUCUCUCCAACGGCAAACACGCUCACGAGUCUAGAAUCAACCUGAAACACGACGAGUCAGAGAAACUUCGCGAGAAAGUCAAAGCUCUCGAGUGGCAAGUCUCCUACAAGUCGUCAAUGUACAACGACGCCGUGGAGAAGGUCGAGGAGCUGAAGAAGACACUUAUUUCGGAAGUCUCUCGCACAAAGAAACUGAUGGAGCAGACGCAGCACUCCAAAGCACUCUUCAAAGAGUCGCUGCAGGCGGAGAAGCAGCUGCUCACACUCCGCGGCAGAGUCAGAGCUCUCGAGGACGAACUGGAGACGCCGAUGAACAUCCACAGAUGGCGCUUCCUGGAGGGCACAAAUCCAGAACUGAUGCAGCUGAUCAAGAUGACACAGUCUCUGCGAAACACUCUGAUGCUGAAGAUCGCAGCCAGCCAGAGAGUGAGAGAGAUGCUGGAGAAGCAGAAGAAGAUGAACGAACUGGAAGUGAAGAAGCUCUCCCACGAAUCGAAGGAGGAGCAGGAGGCAAAGAUAAACUACUACAACGACGUCCUCCAGACAAAGAAACAGCAGCUGAAGAUCGUCGAGCAGAACUACAACAUGCAGACACCUGUCGUUGUGGAGGGAAGAGACUCUGUUUCCGCUGUAAGGCAGCAGUUAAGAGACGCAAAGCUAGAGUACUUCGCGCAGAAGCAACAGAACGAACAGCUAAGGGCAUCGUCAUCAAUGACACAGAAAGUUACAACUCUGCUUCCAGAUUCAAAGCCGAGAUUCGUGGGUGGAGGUUUCGUCACUUCUUCGGCAUCUCCACAGCCAAUUGUCAACAGCCCUCUCUCGCCAACGCUGAAGACUUCCCUCCUCAGAGUGCCAAAGAAGAAGAACCAGAUGUCUACACACGCACUGGCACCGUUGACAAAGGCUUUGCAGCCACUUGCACCUGUUGUUGAAUAA